AUGCGAUUCAAAAUAAGAUCGGACCGCAUUUUUGUUACUCUCACGCUGAUGCAUAGGAAAUCCUUCACGCCACUGCACCACCAUCCCCUCACACCUCACUUUCCGGACAUCGCUAACGUCCCACUGACUCCCGUCGUCCCCGCAAGCUGCACCAGGGUUUGCGUCAACUUCGCUGGUGCACUCGCGCCAUCGGUGAGUGUGGGCAGCAGCAUCACCGGCGCCUCUGCCGCGCUGCUCCUCGCCUUCCCCCGCCUGCUCUCCGCCAACCUCUCCUGGACUGCCCUCUCCCACCACCCGUCCACCCCUCCCUCACCACCCUGCACCUCUCCCACUGCCCCCUCCUUACCAUUGGCUUCCCUCUCCCCUCCUCCUCAUCCUCUCCCUCUGCCUCAUCUCCUCCUCUUCUCACUCCUCCCUCUUCCCUCCUCACCUCCUCGCGUCCUCACUCACCACGACCUCUGCCACUCGCGCGGCGCCACGCUUCCUCCUCCUCCGCACCGCACCAGCCUCCACCGCACUCCACUCCUCCUCCACGCCCUCACACCCCGCCCUGCGGCUAGCUGUGGUUACAAGCAGCAGUAUCCCUCACACACCUCCACCUCUCCUCUGCUGCUGUCUCUGACGCCCUUGUGUUACACCUCGCCCACCCCCGUCCCCACACGUCCUCUCAUUUCCCCUGUUCGCACCCCUCCUUAG